AUGAGUGAGAAAAUCUCGUACCAGGAGUCCCAUUGGGAACUCCCACAAACCACCCGAGAUGCACCGACAACACGUACAGCUUCCACCGCAGUCCCUCGAUCCACGUUCAUUCGAGGCUUGUCCAUAUUCCUCGGCGCCCUGAUCAUUGGAAACUGGCUUCUUCGAUCUCACCAUUGCCAUGACUCCCAUAAACGCACGGUCGAGGAACGAGUGCAGCACAUCCUGUCUCAGACACCUCUUAUCGAUGGUCACAAUGAUCUUCCUAUCCAUGUUCGAUCUCUUUUCCACAACCACAUCAAUACACCUAACUUCACAAAAGGUUUUAUGGAGGGGACCCUCCCGGGGCAUGUGGAUGUGCCUCGACUGAGACAAGGCCAGGUAGGCGGCACUUUCUGGAGCGUCUUUGUUCCCUGUCCUGCCAAUUGGGAGGACUUGUCAGAUGAGAACUAUGCUAGCAGCAUUCGAAUGACUGUAGAGCAAGUCGACUUGAUUUCCCGCAUUCAACAAGCUUUCCCAGACAUCUUGUCUCCCCCGCCUAAUGGUACCACAGCAAUGGAAGCUUUCCGACAAGGCAAGCUCAUCUCGCCCUACGGCAUCGAGGGGUUGCAUUCCAUUGGCAACUCUAUGGCGCAUCUGCGCAUGUUCCAUGACCUUGGAGUGUCGUAUGCCACUUUGACCCAUAACUGCCACAAUAAGUACGCAGAUGCCGCUCUCGUUGAGCAACCAGAUCACACUGUGAAGGUUGCCACCCCUCUCUGGCACGGGGUGAGCCCCGCUGGCCAAAAGCUGAUCUCGGAGAUGAAUCGCCUCGGUAUGAUCGUCGACCUGGCCCACGUGAGUGCGGACACCAUGCGUGAUGUGCUCGGUGCCGGCAAGACCCACUGGGCAGGCAGUCGAGCGCCUAUCAUUUUCAGUCAUAGCAGCGCCUAUGCUCUGUGUCCACAUCCGCGCAACGUCCCCGACGACGUGCUGAAAUUGGUCCGUGAGCGGGAUUCUAUCGUGAUGGUGAAUUUCUCACCGGGCUUUAUUUCCUGCCGCGCAUCUGAUCGUGAAGAUGGGAUGCCGGAAGACGACGACUCUCACGCAACCCUUGAGCGUGUGGCUGAUCACAUCAUGUAUAUUGGCGAAGUCGCUGGCUUCGACCACGUUGGCCUAGGAAGUGAUUUCGAUGGUAUUCCGACUGUGCCCAAGGGACUGGAAGAUGUUUCCAAGUUCCCCGAUCUCAUCGCCGAAUUGCUUCGUCGGGGUGUGACUGACGAGCAAGCUGCUAAGAUCGCAGGAGGUAACUUACUUCGUGUGUGGAAGCAGGUGGAUCAGGUGGCGCUGGAGAUGCAGGCCGAAGGAGUGUUGCCCGAGGAGGAUUGA